AUGUCUGGAGACGAUAAGAUUACUCCAAUCAGUGCAGGUGCCCCUGACGCGGACAAUACAAGUGAUAUACUCAAGCCUGGAGCCCAUGAUGGCGAUAUUAUUCAGUCUAGGGGUGUCACUCGUAUGGAGGCCGUGUACCGAGAGUCGCAAUCCAAUCGCAAACUCUUCUGGCUCGUGGGAGCUUCAGUUCUUGUCUGCGCCUGGGCUUACUCACUGGACUCAUCUACGACAUCUUACUACAGUGUUGAUGCCUCAUCUUUCUUCAAACAGCACAGUUCUAUCUUAGCAACCCUUUCAAUUGCUACUAGCAUCAUAAGUGCUGUCUCCAAACCUUUUAUUGCAAAAAUUUCCGAUAUUACCUCUCGCCCAUACACAUAUCUUCUGAUUCUAGGAUUUUAUAUCGUUGGCUAUAUAAUCGCCGCCACAUCCAAGACAAUAUCAGCUUAUGUCGUUGGGGAAGUAUUUGUGGCUAUUGGUAGUUCUGGAAUUGACCUUACCAAUGAUAUCAUCGUUGCAGAUCUAACACCACUUGAAUGGCGCGGCUUCGCCAGUUCCAUGCUCUCCACCCCAUUCAUCAUUAAUACCUGGUUUUCAGGCAAGAUUGUUGAUGCGUUGGAAAAGCGUAAUCAAUGGCGUUGGGGUUAUGGCAUGUUUGCCAUAAUUAUGCCAGUUGCCCUGGGUCCUGCCGUUGCGGCGCUAAUUUGGCUUGAUCGCAUGGCUAAGAAGAAGGGCGUGGUCAAUAUAGCGUCCAGUAAUGCUGCACGACGUAAUGUUGACGACACGGCAGACCAAGAGGCGCAGCAAAAGACUAUCGGUAACAUGACCACCCCUGUGGCCGGCAAUAAGGAGAAGUGGACUCAGUCGUUGAGGAUGAAUCUUGAAGAGAUUGAUGCAUUUGGUCUGGUUCUGCUUGGCUUUGGGUGGUCACUACUCCUUCUGCCGUUUUCGCUCAAGACUUAUGCUGAACAUGGGUGGCGCAAUCAAUCUCUAAUCGCUAUGAUGAUUGUAGGCGGCCUUUUGUUAAUGGCAUAUAUUGUCUUUGAGAUGAAAUUCGCCCGUGUUCCUAGUGCGCCCCGUCGACUUGUUUUCAACAAAACAUUUGUGAUGGCGAUUGUCAUCGACUCUUUUUACAUGCUUGCCGGAAACAUUCGUAGUCUCUACUGGAGUUCGUACGUCUAUGUCGCGAAGCCUUGGAGUUAUCAAGACUGGGUCUACUAUGGCAAUACUCUGACAUUGGCGUUAUGCAUUACCGGUCCGCUCGUCGGUUUAGCCCAGCGCUGGACUCAUCGAUAUAAGUUCAUCCAGAUUGUUGGCCUUGGCAUCAAAAUCAUUGGCAUAGGUAUCAUGUUGGAUGGGCACGUUGCUGCUGUAGGGACUGGCGCGCUUGUCAUGUCAAGCAUCCUGAUUGGCAUUGGUGGUUCAAUGUCCGUUGUAGGAUCCCGUGUCGCCUCUCAAGCUUCUGUCCCCCACCAAGAUGUUGCCCUCGCAGUAUCGUUACUCUCUCUAUGGUCAAAGAUUGGCAGUGCCAUCGGCUCUGCCAUUGUCGCCGUUAUUUGGUCUAAUCAGAUGCCGAAGCAGCUGCGAAAAUACUUGCCAGACGGCACCCCGGAAACAACUUUGAAAAAGUUGUUUGGUGACAUGCGCUCUCUGCGCACUGCUUAUGACUUCGAGGAUCCCAUUCGCCAAGGUGCUAUUACAGCAUAUCGCCAUGCUCUCUAUUACUGUAUUAUUGUGGCACUGGCGCUGGCCUUUGUCCCCCUUGUGGCAGCUUUCUUUCAGACGAACUAUUUUCUCGGAAAGCAGCAAAACGCUGUUACUGAUGUGGGAAAUGAUGGUCUACCAUUAAAUGAGAAACAUCGCAACCCAGACCCUUUGCCGCCGCCCAAGAAUAAGAAAGAAGCGUUUCUUCGUUUUUGGGCAGGCAACAUUUGA